AUGAAUGAAUUAUAUGUAUUCAUGAAUGAGUUAAAAUCAAUGAUUUUCAUUAAUGAAGCCUUUAAUGAUUCAUUUACUGUUGAAUCCCUUAAUUCAAUUACUGAACUGUCGUUAAUGAAAGGUACGCUGCAAACCGUCGAGUUUGGAUCAAAUGCCGUAGUCGGCUGGGGAGUAUUAAUUAUAUAA